AUGUCGGAGAUCAGCUACCCAGUCAAGUUAGCCGACAUACGAAAAGUGGAACGCAGAAACGAACAUGUCUCGAUCAACGAACAUCAACAGCUGUGUGCACGAAACGGUGCACAAAGGGUGAACCUUCCAACUCCGGGAGAUAAUGAUAUAUUGAAAUUCAAGGACUAUGAAAAGACCCUUAAGGUUCCCUUUGUCAUAUAUGCCGAUUUUGAAACCAUCAAUAAGAAGCUUCCCACCUGCGCCUCAAAUCCGACACGUUCUUCUACUACACAAAACACAAAAUUAGAAGUGUGUAGCUUUGGUUAUAAAGUCGUAUGCGAAGACAAUCGAUAUACCAAACCGACUGUGGUGUACACGGGGGAGGACGCGGGAUCAAAGAUGAUUGAAUGCCUUCUAAAUGAAGAAAGGUUCAUAGAUAGUUUCCAAAUUUUACCGACAUCAUUGGAAAUAUUGGUAGACAAUUUAGCCCAAGAUGGUCUGGAGGCGUUUCCUCAUUUGCUGUCAGAAACGAAAGAUCAAUCGGAAGCUCAACUCCUUCUUCGAAAAGGUGUCUAUCCUUAUGAAUACAUGGACUGCAUGAGUAAAUUCGAUGAGGUUGAAUUGCCUGCAAAAGAAGCGUUUUAUUCGACGAUAAAAAAAGAACAUAUAUCUGAAGAGGAUUAUCAGCACGCGAAGACCGUGUUUGAAAAGUUCAACAUGACAUCAUUACGGGAGUAUCAGGAAAUGUAUUUAAGAAUGGACUGUGUUUUAUUGUGUCAGGUCUUUGAGUCAUUCAGAACAUUGUGUUUAAAGCAGUAUGACAUUGACGCGUGUCAGUUUUUCACUUCACCUGGGCUCUCUUGGUCUGCAUGCUUGAAACUCAGUCAAGUGGAACUAGAGUUGCUGACAGACAUAGACCAAGUGUUGAUGAUAGAAGCCGGCAUUCGCGGAGGCAUAUCUCAAAUAUCUCAUCGUCACGCGAAAGCCAACAAUCCCUACCUACCAGAUUAUGACGCUUCACUGCCUACGAUCUAUUUACAAUACCUGGAUGCAAACAACCUUUACGGCUGGGCGAUGAACCAACCUCUUCCGGUAGGACAAUUUAAGUUUAUGUCAGACAGUGAAAUCCAAUCAUUGGACAUCAAGAGCAUUCCAGAAGCUGGAGACACGGGUUACAUAUUAGAAGUGUCCUUGGAGUAUCCAGAAGAAUUACAUGACAUUCACAACUGUUUUCCUUUAGCGCCAGAAAAACGAACGAUUUCCAAUGAAGAACUCUCUCCAUAUGCUCAACAUCUUCUUAAAACACUAUACGGAUUAACGGAAGAAGAUCCAUUGCCCAAAAGAGGAAAAGUGGAAAAAUUAUUAACCACAUUGGAAAACAAAAAUCAUUAUGUGCUUCACUACAGAAACUUGCAGUUGUAUCUCAGUUUAGGCAUGAAACUGAAAGACAUUCAUAGAGUACUCAAGUUCAAACAAAAGGCGUGGAUGAAAGAGUACAUUGAUCAUAACACAGUUAUGCGACAAAAGGCUACGUCAACAUUCCAGAAAAACUUCUACAAGUUAAUGAACGUCUCCGUGUUUGGAAAGACUAUGGAAAACGUUAGACGCUACAAAACAAUCGAGAUCAUUCACAACAAAAAACGAUUGGACAAGGUGACAGCCAAACCCACGUAUAAGGACACAACCAUCUUGAACGAGGACCUUGUGGCAGUGGAGCUGUACAAGUCGAAGGUCAACUUGGUGAAGCCAAUAUUUUGUGGAAUGAGCAUUUUAGAUUUGAGUAAAUGUCUCAUGUACGACUUCUGGUACAAUCAUAUCAAACGAAAGUACCCCACAAGUACUCUUCUCAUGUCAGAUACCGAUAGUAUUCUAGCAUGUUACCAAACUGAAGACAUUUACAAAGAUAUGAAAUCUUCAAUGUGUCAUUUUGACACGUCGGACUAUCCAAAGGAUCAUUUUCUAUGGAGCGAUAAAAACAGGAAAGUGUUGGGCAAAAUGAAAGACGAAACAAACGGACAACCGAUAGCAGAAUUUGUAGGACUUCGAUCCAAAAUGUACAGUUUUACGUGUAAAGAUAAGGAAGAAAAACGAGCCAAGGGUGUGGCUAAAGUAUCUGUGAAAAAGGAGUUAAAACAUGAACAUUAUAAAAACACACUGUUUAAUAAAACCAGCAUGAUCUCCUCUAUGACUGUCCUAAGAAGUCAUAAGCAUGAACUUUAUGGGGAAACCAUUCAUAAGCGAGCGCUCUCGGCAUUUGAUGACAAGCGUUAUCUUAUUGAUAGUGUAAACAGCUAUGCCUAUGGACAUUACAAAAUCACCGGACAAAACAGGAACCAAAACUCCAAUCAAUACCAAGAGAAACUAUCAUUUUCUAUCGUGCCAACCCGUCAAUGUAUGAAGCAUCACCAUGUAGAAGCUAUGGAGAUAGAUGGUUUUAAAAUCACUCCAUGCUCAUAA